UCUGCUCUGGAGCCUCAGUAGAACGCGAGGCUCUGGUCGCUGUUGACCAAACGUGCCAAAUUCUCCCGAAAAAGGAAGACCAGAGACAUUAUUUAUAAAAAAAAAAAAGAUAAUAAAGGAAAGAGACGAUAAUAAAGUGUAACCAUCUCAAACAUCUGACGUAAAUUUUUAGUUAUCUAUUUUUAUUUUUGUAUUUUCUUGGAGGACUGCGUUUUUGUCUGAGUUGGAAGUUUUUGGAAAAUUAUGCAUGAGGAACCAUGGGUACUACGAAUUGUGUUUGGAUUUUAACUGCGUUGGCUUUUGGUGUGCUGAUAGCGGACGCAGAAGGUGCCGUGUGCACCAGUGCAGAAUUCAGGUGUAAUGACGGAUCCUGCAUCAGCAAGGACUGGGCCUGCGACGACUUUCCGGAUUGUGACGACGGGUCGGACGAAAAACCCAUUUUGGACUGCUCCGCACCUGACGAGGUACUAAACCCGGCCCCCGUCCCGCCUGCCGUUGAAGAGGAAGAGGAGGAGGAAGAGGAAGAGGAGGAGGAAGAAGUCCCUCCCCCUCCCCCUGAGAGGGAAGAGGAGGAUUCACCCCCACUGUCGGGAGAGAUCGACACCCCAGGCAGCAGCGCCUCUCCAAGUGAGGAACCUCCGAAGGAGAGGAAUGAAAAAUGUUCCCUGCAGAAAUGUCGAGCUGGCAGGAAGAUGCGUUACCUGGACGGCAAGAAGUACAAGUACGACUACACGACGACCAGCGUGACCAGGGUGGCCGGGUCGUCUCCCAGCAACACGACCCUUACCGUCGAGGCGAAGCUGGAGCUGAACGCCAUCACCGCCUGCGAGAUGGAGCUCCUGGUCAAAAGCAUCGUCAUGACGACCUCGAAGAGCGGCAGCGGAGGAGAGAUGAAGGCCGUCGAGGACAAAGCCUUCAGUGACGCCGUCACCAAGAACCCCUUGAGGUUCUCGUACCACGACGGCGUCGUCGAGGACGUGUGUCCCACCGAGGACGAAGACCCCAGGGCCCUGAACUUCAAGAGGGCGGCGCUCUCCCUCCUCCAGAAUUCCAUGCCGCGGCUGGACCUGGAACACUGGGCGGUUGAGAAAGAUGUCGUGGGGGAAUGCAAGAUCAAAUACGAGGCCAUCGAGGCUGUCGGGACGCGUCUUAUCAUCCGGAAGACCCGAGACAUCCCGUCCUGCAUCCAUCGGUCAGCUGUGACGUCAUUCAUCAAGGGCGUCGAAUACGACUUCGUUGGGGGCAUACACACCCCUCCAUUACUUGAUAGCAGCAGUGUCUGUGAGCAGCACAUCGGGAAGGGCAUGGUAAAAGCAGCUACCUGUACAGAAGAGCAUCGGUUCACCCCGUUCAGCUCAGAGAAGGGAGGCCUCGUCACGACUGUCACUCAGAAUCUCAACCUGACUGAUCAUCGCUCCUUCAAGGGUUACAUGGGUCCAAUUGAUGUCCGAACAGACUUACGUUAUGACCAUCACAAUCACAUACACCUGGAAGGACUUGAUUCCAAAGUCGAUGACUCGCAAGAAUGGCGAGAAAAGGCCAGCAAUCUUCUUGACGGUAUUGCAGAGAACAGGGGGCUGGAAGGUGUAGCACCAGACGCCCCUAGACUUUUCAAAGAGCUGGUCCUUGUUCUUCGACACCUGGACUUUGAACAACUAUGGGCACUCAAUGAAGAAAGAGACUGGGGUGCAGAACGUCCUAUUUUUGAAGAUGCUUUACCCAUGGUCGGAACUGGAGCAAGUGUUGGUGUAAUGCGAGAUUUGAUGGUAACAAGACGUGUUAAUGACAUCAUAACAAAUACCUGGUUGACGUCACUAGCAUUCAUACCUAGACCUGACUUAGACACCAUAGAAGAAGCUGCUCCAUUGCUGGAAUCAGGGCCUGUUCCAGCAGAUGCAUUUUUGGGCGUUGGUGGCCUCAUUCACUCGUAUUGCCAGGAUCACUUGGACUGCAGUCAACAUGCACCUGUUCAGAGAGUUAUGACAGCACUUAAUGGUUUCAUCUCUUCAAGCUGUCAAGGAGAAACCUCUGAGGCUAAGAUCCAGGUCCUGAUGGCUCUAAAGGGAAUUGGUAAUGCUGGCUUGGCAGUAACCGAAGAUUUGACAGACAGUUUAUCGCAGUGUUUCUUUGAACAAGAAAAUGAAAAUGAGAUUCGACUGGGAGCCAUUACUGCUUUUCGGCGGUUUCCCUGCCACGUCCCCCGGAAGCCCUUGGAAAAUCUCUUCCUCAACUCCCAGCAGGACUCGGAACUCCGUAUUGCAGCUUACCUGGAGAUCAUGCGUUGCCCCAACUACCAGACCGUCAAACAGGUCAAGCACAUGCUUCUGUAUGAGGAGGUGAAUCAGGUUGGAUCAUUCAUUUGGACACAUCUACAGAAUCUGAGAGAGACAGGAUUGCCGUCCAAAUAUGGACUUCAAAGUCUCCUUUCAAAUGAAGAAAUAGUUUCCAAGUUCUCAGCUGAUGUGAGGAAGUUCUCAAGAAAUUUUGAGUGGUCCGGUUUUUAUAAUGAUCUGAAUGCUGGGGCUGGCCUGGAUGCCAACAUCAUCUUCUCACAGAGUUCUUAUAUUCCACGGUCUGCAACAUUCAACUUCACUACAGAUUUAUUUGGACAUUCACUUAACCUUCUUGAGAUUGGAGCUCGUGUAGAAGGCUGGGACCGUUACACUGACAGCAUCUUCAGACCCACACCUUACGAGGAGACUGAAAAUUUUGUCAAUGGCAAAAUCAACGAACUCAUUGACAGGACUGGAAAACGUUCAGAAUAUUUGACAAAGGAUGCCGAAUUAUCCCUCCACAUGAAAACUUUUGGAAGUGAGAUCUAUUAUCGCCACUUGCAUGGAAUGGACAAGAUCAUGGAAGCAAUCAACACGCUUAAUCCAGCUGAGCGAAUUAGGAAGCUGAAUGAGGGGCAGGACAUCAACUUGCAGAAAUCUUGGUUAGCUGUUGAAUCAGCCUACAUCAUUCCAACCACUGCUGGCAUACCCUUAAAUCUCAGCAUCACAGCUAGCAUAGCUCUGGAUGUCCACGCAAGUGGUAAACUAGAUCUAUUUUCCUUCUUUACUAAUGGCCAUGCUAGUAUCAGUGGACAGCUCAAACCAAGUGUUGGCAUUGAAGUCGUUGGUUCAAUGGUUGUCGAUGGACAUUCUUCUCAGUCAGGAGCUGAGAUGGUAGCAACACUGCAUUCGUCAACAGUUUUAGAUGGACGGUUUGACAUAGAAGGUUCUGAAAACGUUCGAGUUGAUAUUAAACUUCCAAGAGAUAAGGUGGAAAUUAUGAACAUUACAUCAAAGCUGUUCCUUAUCCAUGGGUCAUUAGACAUGUCAGUCAAUGGGUCACGAGAAGCUAUAGAGGGUGUAGCCAUCGACCGAAUGGAAGUCAGUGGAUGCACGUCAUAUGAUGAGCAAGUUGGAACCAAGCUGUGUUUGAAUGUUCAGUACCCCAAUGCUUCAAGAGUACCAGAGAGUCCUUUUUACCCUCUGACUGGACCUUCACAGCUGCAGGUAGUCCUGCACAAAACAGACCCAAGUUUAACAUCAUAUCAGCUUCGUUAUACAUGGGAAUGGAGGCCUGAAUACAGGACAUUCUUGCUGUCAGUCAACACUCCAGGAACAACAAGUCCUCGUGAACACAGUAUAAAGUAUAACAUUAACUUCAGAUCACAGAACAUUAUACUUGAGUUACGAUCUCCAAGGACAAGCAUGUUAUCAAGAGGACGGUACGUAUGGACGGAAAUGGAGAAACGUUUAGACGUAAGUGUAUCAAUAAAUGACCAAGAGGCUGCAACGGUUAAUGCUGGGUUCUCACGUCAUAGCAAACAAGGUCGCGAUGUGUUCAGCCCUAUAUUCACAAUCACAUGGAGAGGACAGGAACUUGUUAAGUUUACGGGAGUCGUAGAUUUGCGGCAGAAAUCAGGGGCGCAGCUUUAUGAAGUUGACGUGCAGGUAAAUUAUCUGGUACCAGGACCAAGGAAUACUUGGCAACGAGCUACAGGCACCAUUCAAGGAUCUCUCAGUGACAAUGGGUCUGAGAGGGACGCCAACUUGGACAUUGUGUAUAGCCCAUCGUUAUCGGUGCCCCGUGAAAACAUCAAGAUAGAAUACCGUGUGGCCAACUCAUCAACAGCCAGUGACAGCAAGUUCGAGCGUCGUUGGAGAUUCUUUUUCUCUCAGUUCCCAAACAUCAAUUUCAUGGGUGCUUGGUUUUACAAGAGUCAUUUUGGUUCUUUUGAAAAUGAUAUCCAGGUAAACCUGGGUGAGAACUUUGAGAAUCCAGAACAUCAAGUGGAUAUAUUUCAGUUGUUUACUCUCUACAAUAUCGAUUCAAGGACGACAUUCAAUUCUACCUUUUAUGUCAAGCAUCCCAAAAGUAAUUUGGACUUGAAGGUAGGCUUAGACUGGUUCCAUGAUGAUCGUAUACUUAACACAGGCUUCAUUGUCCAAUAUUCAACAGCAAAAGAACUUGUUUCCCGUUUACACUUGAAAAAGGAGUUAACUGGAUACCUCGAAGUUGAGGGUUCAUGGUUCAUCAAAAUUCCAGAAACAGCAGACUUGGAAGUUAAUGGUCAAGUUAAAGAGAAGAGAAGCAAAAUUUACACUUUUGACGGUGAAGCAAAGUCUGGAAGGGAUACAAAAAUAGAAGUGAGCGGUGCUUAUGGAGACCUUUCUACUCGGCUAGAAAACCUGCACAAUCUCUUGUUAGAUGUCACUUUUCCUUCGUAUGGGUUAAUAAGAAUUAAUUCAACUUUCCAUUCUAAUGAGAGAGAAAUGAGUCUUGUUACACAUGUUCUCACAAACAGUGGCCAGAAGUAUGGUGUCAGUAUUGGUUAUACUCAUGGAAGGGACCACUUGUUGGCUCAGACUCAUAAUGUUAACCUCGAAGUUUACCUCCCUGGCCAACUUUAUACAUCAAACACUGAAAUUAGUAUAGGAAAUGUCAUCACAAUAACUAAUGACUUGCACCUUGAUAGGCAGCGAGAUAUUCACGUUAGUCUAAUUGCUGAUAUUCUUCAGUCUCAUCAGUAUGGUUUUCAAGCUCUUUUGAAGUGGGAUGCCAACAGGGAUCCUAAUCAGAAACUGGUAUUUGAUGUCUUAUAUGAAACCCCAAGUGAUCAGGAUUUCACAUUCAGUAUGGAUGGUCAACUAUUCUUCUUGGGACAGCAGUAUCGUUCAAACUGGAAGACGCACAAAUUCUUGCAGUUUAUAGGUGAAGACUUAAUUUGGGAACACAGGAAUGAGGGUGGUAUAAGUUGGAUGGAAGGCAGUCGAAAUAUUCAAGCCAUCACAACAAACUUUACAAUGCGUCUCAGACGGGGGCACACAGCUGAGCUUUAUGGUAACUUUGACAUCAGCACACCUUUUGUACACUGGAAGAAGAAUUGCCUCGAAAUCAAAUACUUCCGUGAUCCUGACCACAUUGAAGGCACCUUGAAAGCUGGCUGGCAUGAUAAUGAAUUUAUUGAUAUGCAGCUCUUGGCCCGCAAGCGGAUUGACAGCUCCACCUUCAGGAUAGAGACAAAGCUGGAUGUGAGCUCUUCUUUUGAGGGUCUCAUAAGUGCCAGCACUGGAGCUGUUAUAGAGAAAACUAGUGGAGUUCUUGACAUGAACUUUUACAUAAUGUGGGAUAAAGAUCGCCUUGAGAUUACCUUUGAGGGCAAGGAUGAUAGCAUGAAUGACAUUCUGAGAUAUUCACUCUUCGGUCAAGUCCGCACUACAAUUGAAGGCUACAGCUUGAUGUCUGCUGCUGUUGACUUUUCUCUCCUGCCCUUGGCCACAGAUAUGCGUGCCAAAGCAAAGUGGGAAGGACAUGAAUAUGAAGUAAUACUAGCAGGUGACAUGUACCACGGAUAUGAUUUUCUGAGAGGAAACUUGUCUGUAUCAUCAUUGCAAAAGAAAGACAUAGUGAUGGCCCAUAUACAUGUUUACCAUGACCCUGCAGCUUUGGAGGAAAAGCUAAGUAUAGCAGUACUUUGGGCUGAUGAGGAAAUACAUAUCGAGGGUCAGGUGGCUACGUUACCUCAACACUUCAAGGCUGGAAUUCUGAUAGAGACCUCCUUGGAAGAGUUAAGCAAGGCUGGUAUCAUCCUUGGCCAUUCAAAAGACGAGCAUAUCAAGACAGAGGCCAGAGUACAGUGGAACGACAAAGUCGAUGCUGGUUUUGUUUUGUUUGGCCAAGUCACAUCUCUUACUGACUUCUUGGUCAGCUGUACAAUACGCACACCUUUCCCUGGUUAUCAGGUAAUAACGGGAGAACUGAGAAAUUUGUUCACAUUAGAUCCAGAAGUACGUGUCCAUCCCAGGAUUUUUGGUCAAAUCGGUGAUAAUAAGUAUGGCCUUGGAGCACGGUAUGAGCAAGGUCGACUUCCACGCCUGCGAGUGGCCAUCGAGUUGUAUUCUCCCUUACCUGAGCUCCAUACAGUUGUUCUUGAUCUGUGUGACAAUACUACGGAAUCCAGUGUAAGGUAUGAUCUUACCAUGAAAUAUGGACCAACAAGAAAUUUGCGACUCAAUGUGGACCUUGAGCGAAGUGCUGGUGGUUUUGAGGGCCAUGCUGUAGCAGAGCUGCCUCUUCAGUCCUUGGAUAAUCGACUCAGUGACGCCAGCGUGAAGUUUGCUGGUUUGAUUUCUUGGGAACCGGUGCCUAAAGUGAAUAUUACUAUACAGUCAGAAGGUGCUGAUACAUCAAAGCUCGUUAUUAUAGGGAGUUUACCGAGGAUUGAAGAAGGAGAUUUGCAUAUUUCUGUGACAUCCUCUAUAGAAGGCUAUGACAUGUAUGACCUCACUUGGGAGUAUCUUGUACCAACAAGUGAGGACGUUGGUAAAGUUAGUGGCCGUAUUCGUACCAAAGAAGGUGUCUAUGAGAUUUUUGCUCAAGGCACUACCAGAGACCUCUCAGGGACAUACUCAUCUCCUUUUGAGCCUUUCAGAAAUGGAGAAUUCAUGUGGCAACUUAUAGUUGUUGAUAUAUUGAAGUCUCGUUUGAAAACUAAGGUUGGAUGGGAGAGAGGAAAUAUUGUACUUGAUGCCACAGUCAAAUAUGAACAGAAUUUCAUUCGUGAGCUGGAUGGUACUCUUGAGACACCAUGGGAAGACUUGGAAAAGUCCAGCCUACGUCUUGUGGGUAAACCCCAGGAAGGCGGUUACAGGAAUAACCUGGUACUUGAGGGAGCAGGACAGACCUACAAUGGAAAUCUCUUCUGGAAAUAUCGGAGCGAAAGUGAUUGGGAAGUUGACAUCGAGGUAAGGUGAAAAUAUCUUGGCUGUUGUUGUGAAGGACGUUACACUGUCAACCUAGCCCUGACAAAUGUUCUUAACAAGCCAUUUAAGCUAGCAGCCCACCUCACCACACCUCAUGAAGGAUUCAAGGAAAUCACUUUUGAAAUGAAUAUACGACGUUUCCGAGCUCCGUAUUACUUGAAAGUUGGAUGGGGAACGGCACAGGAGUCACGUAGUGUGGACAUCGAGUUCAGGAAGCUGUCGAUCAGUGAGGUGCAGGGUGUGUUUUUGUUUAACUUCAAUGAUGACCAGGGAACUAAGAAUUACUUCACUCUUGACCUUGAUGUGAUAAACCAUUCAACAGAUGAUAAAAUUGAUGUCUCAUUGACUGCAGAUGCCAAGAGUAAUAACGAUUAUCUUGACCAUGUGGUGAUGAAAGCAACUGUUCGACAAGUAACAGUGGAUCCAGGAGAACUUGGUUUGUACCUGCUUUGGCCUGGUGCUGAUCCAAUCUCCUUCAAGGCUAUUGCUGAACACUAUGAUGACUUCCAGAUCAUAAAACCAACUGUUAUACUAGAUUUGACCAGGUCUAACUAUAGUUUUGCUGGUGAGAUGAGAAAGAAGGGUAAUCAGUUGAACAUGACAGGCGUGUUGCAAUGGGAACAAGGGGAUUCAGGACCUCAGCGAGUGGUAUUGCACACUGCUUUCACAGUUGCUGGCAAUGCUGUUGAUGGAGAACUGACUUUGGAUUUGCCAAUGGUUCCCAAAUGGAAGGAAAAUAAUGCUGUUAUCCACUAUGAGACUCUUGAAAAUAGGAGGUUGUUCAGGGUAAAUUUAGAAACAGGAAAUGAAGUAACAACAAUUACAGGUAGUAUGUUAGGUGAUCGUUUCCCAGGAGGAGAUGGUGAAAUUACUGUAUCUUCAACAGCGAUGUGGGAGAAACAGCCGCUCACUUUGAAUUUCAAGCAGGAACUUACAGACGGCUACGAAGGUGAUUACCACUUAGAGUGGCCUCACCGCAACAACAAAUCAGAGCCCUGGGGUCGAAGUCCGGUUGUAGCUUCCCUUAAACAUACAUUUUUACAAGCUGGUCAUCGUGGGACAUUAAAGAUAACAGCUGCAUUCACACAAAACGAGCCUGUUCAGAUUGAUUAUGGCUUUAAGUUCCCUGCAAGUGGAGAUGUCACAAUUGAACUGGGAUGUGCUUAUAAUUUAGUAAACGUAAAGGUAAAAGUAGAUCGAGUAACUGUGAUUCUAUCAGAAGGAGUUUACAAGCAGAGGACAUCCUUUGAGUUUGACAAUCUUCUCUGGCCUUUUGGCUUUUCCUCUACAAAAGAAUCUAAAAGAAAAUCAAGCACAGAAUUGGAAAAAAUGACAACCUUGGAGCUGUAUGAUCUCUCCGACCCGAAUAGAAAAGUUACACUUGCCUUCAAGCACAAUUCUGCCAUAUCAGGAAGGCAGUUCAUAAUCAAAGGCAAUGCACUGGACCGUGAAAUAGUACUAAUCAUGGGAUAUGACUUGACGCCUGAUCAUUUUCGUACCAAUUUCUUACUUUCAUGGUCUAAAGAUGAGAGAAUAGCAUUUGAUAUUAAUUGGAAGGAUAUUUCAAAGGGAUUCACCAAAGAACAUAUUCUCACAGGAAAGUUUUCACAGCCAUAUCGCACAGUACUUUUGGAUGGCUACUACAGAAGGUCACCUUAUGGACUGGAUGCUUUUGUUAAAUAUAAUUGGGAUUUUGAAAAUACGAGCAAAUCAGAGGAAAUCAUUGGUAAAGUAAGUUAUGUAGAUGAAAGUGGAGCCCGGCAAGUACUUCACAAGGCUUUUGUUAGUCUUCAGCAUCCUUUGCUGGCAAAGGAUGUAACCUUAGCUGGUGAGGUGAGACAGAACCGGGAAGAGUUGUUAGCUCUGCAGGUAAAGCUCGAGUAUUCUCCAGAGGAAACCAAAGAUGUAGUGUUUGACUUUAUUGUUUCUGAUGACUCAAGCCAACCUACCACCCGGGUAUUCAACACAAAAGCUGCAGCACAGCACCUUGAUUCAAAGUUACUCGUUCAAACAAAUGGAUCACUUACUCUAGAUGAAGGAAAAUACUCUUUAUUACAGCAUUUCCUCUAUACGAAUAAGACUGACUACACUCACACUGCAUAUUUUGUGACCAUUGUGGACACACUGGAACAGACUUUGCAGACAUCGCUUGACACUUGGAGGAAGUUGGUAGACAUUCAUGUGGGAAUGGAGCAUGACACAGAAGGACAAUGGACCAUCGCAGCCACCAGUGUGCCAGACCAGGAUGUGCCACUGAUGACAUACCUGCAAGUGCAUCCCUCUCAUCCAAUCAUCACCAUCACUUUUGACAACCUUCUAUCGAAUGACACUUCUUAUGACACCUCAUUCCCUAGAUAUAUUGCUGAACAAGUUAUAUUAGAGGGUGGAAUUGAAGACCUGCGCCAUGCUCGAUUUUCCAUGAAACAUCGAAGACCAGCGAGGCUGAGUGAGGAAGAAGUGAAAAGUCCAUUUUGGGUUUCUGAUGCUCAGUUCUCCUUCAGACUGAAUCAUUCCCGACUUCUGACAUCUUACCUGAAAUGGAGACCUGAGUUAAAAGAUGAAAUGAUGAGUGAACUUGGAGAGAUAAUUGGUGCAUCGUAUGACUUACGUCAGAGUGCUGAGGACUGGUUUAUGAUGAUGGCUGCAAAAGCUGGGGAUGAAGCUCUCUCAAGAAUGCAGCCCAUUCUGCAAGACCUGAUAGAUGUGUCCAAACCACUACUUGUUGAUUUCAGGAAUGAGUCUCAAGAAUUUGUAGAAGAUCUCUGGCACCUGUACGACAAUAUUAAUUCAACAGCAUUUGAGCUGAAGGUUCAAGAGUCUGUCAAGUUUGUCUUUCAGGGCAUAUAUAAAACUUUAAAAGAUAUCCCGGCUUUCAAACGACUCCAAACAAAACUGGAAAGUGGUGCUGUCAGAGGACAGCUAAAGGCUGUAUUGGAUAACCUAAAAAAUAUAUACAACCACAUCUUUCAUCCUGAUCCAUCCGGCCCAAGUUUAACCAGCAAAAUAAAAAAUGUGUUAUCAAUAUGUGCCCAGAUGUAUGACCAGUUUGCCAAAAGGUUUUACUUGAGAGUUAGCCAGUCAGUGCAAGGCUUCACUGAUAGCGUCGGCGAAUGGCUGAGAAGCAAAUGGAGAGCCGUCUAUGACAAUUAUAAACCACAUAUUCUUAGGACUUUCGAUGAUGUGGAAACUAAUGCUUGGAACUUUGUGAAAAAUGUGAUGGGAUGGCUCCAGGGAGUUGGACUAGAGGUGAAAUCUUCAGCAGCUUACCAAAAACUUCAAGAGGUUGUGAAAUAUAUAGAAAAUAUAUAUAGAGAUUUCACUGAAAACUCAAAGAGAGAAAAUCUGGAGAAGUAUUACACUGUAGUCAUGGAGAAAAUUAAACGAGGAGUGAGAAUCAUUCUGAGUAGAGUGAUGCCAUUUGCAGAAGACUGGCUAAAUGAACUGAGGAAAGCGUGGGAAAGUCUGAUGAGAUAUGAGCAGCUUGCGAGAAUAAAAGAUGCUGUAUUAGCUGGUGUGGAUAAGGUGUUAUGGACAAUUAGAUACAUUGACAUCAAGGGUCAUGUGAUGGAUGCCGCUGCAUUUAUCCUGGAGCAUGGAUAUACAAUUACUACUCAAACAAGUAUAGAAGCCUCUCAGAAGUACAUCACAGAGAAGACUAAAUUUAGAUUCAGCCCAGAUGAGGGUCAAAUUCUGUUAGUUCAGAAGUUGCCCAUUGAAUGGACAGCAUUUGACACUAUGCCAGUGUGGAAGGACAUUCCAGAAUACAAGAACAUAAGGUCGAUCCGAGAUUCGCUGUUUUCCAGCUCUAACACAACUGUACUUGAUCGAUGGUACAAGUACUGGAACCUUAAUUUCAAUCCUGUCACCUGGGUACCGCCUUUCCCAGCAACUGGGUACAUGAUUGGAGAGCAGCAUUUUGUCACUUUUGAUGGUCGACACAUUGAAUUUAAGGGUCGUUGCCAGCAUCUCCUGGCAGCAGACAUGAUAGGUGGAUGGUGGGCUGUUACCGUAAAUUACCACAGCCUAUCUUCAAGGACAAUUGUUGUAUACAUCGAUGAGAAUGAAAUUGAAUUGUCGAGAGAUUUCAGAGUAACAAUUAAUGGUAGAUCAACAGAACUGCCUGCAUCUGUACCAUUUGCAACCAUUACUCGAUGGUUGCAUAAAGUGGAAAUACAUACAAACUUCGGUCUAACUGUGAUUUGGAAUCUUGCACAUGACGUUCUUUCCAUUCGAGUGCAUGGACUCUACUUUGACAAAACUGGAGGUUUGUUGGGUAUUUAUAACAAUGAGCCAUCUGAUGACAUGAUGUUACCGGACAACAGCCUUACUGAUGUACCAGGGACGCUGGCAGCUGGAUGGGAAGUUAGUAGGCGAGAAUGUCAGUCCAGUGGGAAUAUCGCCAGAGGACGUUCCAAAGUCGAUGUCCCUGUAUGCUCACAACUUUUCCAGGCCAAGAGCUCACCAUUUAAACAUUGCUUCUUCCAGGUUGAUCCCACUCCAUAUUUCCACAUGUGUCUUGUGGAUUAUCACAACCAAGAUUCAGACACAUGCACAUCAGCUACAGCAUAUAUGGCAGCUUGUUCUGCUAAUAAUAUCCCUGUAAAAAUUCCAGUUUUCUGUGUUAGUUGUGAAUACAUGACGAGUGAUGGACAAAGACAUGUAUUGGAAGAGGGAACAUCUACAGUUCUUGAAAAGGAGGACAUUCAGAAAUCGACUGAUAUUGUGCUUAUGGUUGAAGCUUCUGAGUGCAAUGAGGUGCUAUCCAUGAAAAAACCCAUCAAUGCCUUUGAAGUCUUCAUCAAUGUUAUCAAUGAGGAAAUGACUAGGAAAGGCUUUACAUCAAUAAGAUAUGCUCUAGUAGUAUAUGGUGGAAGAGGAGUCUUCUCGUCUCCACAAGUGGUUACUGUUGACAACCAAAUCUUCACAGAACCACAGUAUAUUCACAAGGCAUUAGAGCAUAUUGAAUUUGCUAAUCGCACUGGUGAGGAAUUCUACUGGGUGGAAGAUGCCUUCAACGCUUUCACCUACUCUGCCGGUCUCAACUUCAAAGCUGGGGUCAGCGUUACUUUCAUCCUAUUCCCCUGUGAAUCUUGUCAGCCAUCUCUUCAUUCGAUUGACUACAGCACAAUGUACCACAUUUUACUGGAGUAUUCUGUAACUCUUCAUGUUUUCAACCACAAUCUCUUUGAUAUCCCUAAGGCUAAGGAAAAGAAAAAGCUACUAGGUAUGGACAGUAGUAAUGCGUACACACUGAAGGAUGCCAGAAAGGUAGACCUAGCAGGCGAUCCAGUUCUCAGACGCCAGCUGAGCAUGCCAAAGGACCAGCUGGGAUACUGUGCACCUCUUGCACUAGAGACGAAAGGUUCCAUAUUUACAUUAAAUGUCAUGGAACAAGCACAUAAGAAAGCCGGGCCACGACUCAAGAAGAAAGUUGAAAAAUUAGCCAUGGUGUUUGGGAAACGUGUUGCAAUGACAGCUCUACCACAACAUCGAAAACGAUGCGUGUGUGUUCCUAUAACACCAGAUGGUGCUGCUAGCAUACAGUGUGAUAACUGGAGUACAGAACAACUAUCUAUAUUGGAGCAGUAUGACACAAAGAUGGACAUGUCCUUUGAGCCAGAAAGUAAUAUUGGUGAACCUGGUGCUUGCGUCAAACAAAACAGACAAGGCGAAUGCAUUGAUGUUAUCGAUAUGUGAGUGUGAAUGUGAACUGUAUGUUACUUUUUUAACUAUAUUUAGUAAAACCCAAAGAGUUUGGUCUGUAGGUUCCAAUUUUAGUUUUUUAUUUAAUAGUUUUAUGUUCCGUAUGAGAUUGGUGAGUUAGUGUAAGAUUUAUUUAACAUAUUUCUGCAAAUGUCUUUAGAUUCAGUCCUUUGUCAUUCUUUUUUGUGUAUCUUCACUUCCCUGAGCAAUCCUUCAAAUCCAGUCUUGUGCAGGGGAAAGACAAGUUGAUUUGAAGUAGGUAAAUGCCAACUGGCUAGGGUAAUGUUACCUAACUGUAAGUCAUAUUAUGGGAAAAUUUAAUGGUGCUAAAUGAUGUGUAUGAAAAGGGUUAUCACUGUUGAACUGAAUUAGUUGUGUAGAAAGAGUUUUACAAAUAGUAAUUUACUUGGAAACAUAGAUGACAGUAGUUCAACUUCGCGGUUGCAGGUAUUAGUUAAUUUCAGCAUUGAUUUCAUCAUAAACUGUUCUCUUCUUCAUGAUUAUAUUGGUCUUAAUUUGUUUUUUAUAGGCAGCUUCUGCUGUGGAAUUUAUAUCUCCCUUCCCAGGAAGCUUAAUUUGUUCUCUUCUGAAAAUGUGAAUUUUGAAGGAAUAAUUAAUUACCAUUGUUUAGUUUUUUCUUCAUUCAUUCUUUGUAUCGUGACAGGCGAUUUGAGGCAGUAACUUCGGAACUUCUUAAUGUAACAUUUUAGAAGUUUGUGUAGCAGUAAAUCACAUUUACUUAGUUGAUUUGUAUCAUAUUGAUGACAUGCUGAGCCUGCAAAUAUAUGGAUUUAGACUUUUGUUCUGUUAACAGCAUAACAAACCAGGCUAAAAAUAACUAAUUAACUACUGUAAUUAAAAGCAACUUAAAUUUUUGCAUGAAAUAAAUAAAUUAUAUGAUUUUGAGUAAUUGAUGGGGCAAGCAGCACCAUUGUAUCUGAGAUUUAAGUAUAACUGUGAUACAGUCAUGUUCACCAGACAAAUCUGUAACAUUUCAUUACAGGGAGGUUUUAAACUUUAAUUUCUGUGUAAUCAUAAGAGAUGUGCUGUGAGAAAUGCCCAGCAAAAUUUAAAUAUGGGUGGGUGAUUAGCUUUACAAGCGUAUUUGAUUGCAUGUAUGCAAAUGGACAGCAAUUCUUACAUAUAAAUGCACCCUAAUGUUGGAUUGUUGUCUAACACUUUACAUACAUAUACAAAAUGUAAUGUUCAACCUCAUUACUAGAUAAUAUAGUAAAUGCAGUUCUUCUGAAAUAUUCUGAAGAUUGUAUUUUUUUAAUUCCACACUCAUUUUUCAGUAAAUUGUCUGUCCCUCUGAAAACAGUGAUUUUUGACAAUUUUACAGUGGGAGUUUCAAUUGUAGUGUAUCCAGAGAAAUGUGUCAUGAAAACUGUUGAUGUUGUUCAAAUAUAUGUGAUUUAUUCUUUAGAAAUUAAGUCCCAGUCAUAUCUGAUAUAACAAUCAUACGAGUAGUAAACAGCAACUUCCCAUUUCCCAUAAAUGUUACAGGAGCUCCUCCAAUCAUUCCCUUGCUGUAUGUUUAUUCAUGAGUCUGUUUCUCCAUGUCAUUAAGUGAGGUAUGUAACUUAAUUGCAGUUACAUUUUAUCUUAUUUAUUGUUUCAUUUCUGUUGCUCUUAGGAUGUCACGACGUUUGGUCUAAUAUUUUAGUACAGGCAGAGUUCAGUGGUAAUUUGUCUUAUUUAGCUGUCUCAAAACUUACCAAUUACCAAGAGUUUGUGUAAAUGUCUUGGCUACAUGAAUAAAGUGUUAGAUAAAA